GUGAGGAGUGAGCGAAACACGACACCAGAGAGAGAGGAACCGGGGGGAGGAGAAAGAGUAGCCACAGAGUACAGAAUGUUAGUGAGUGGAGGAAGAAAGAAAGUCUAAAGAGAGGACGACUGCUAUUCUACAGAACGGUUAUUUUAGCGACAAUAUGUCAAACAACGGGGAAGAUGCGAUUGAGAUGGAGUAAACAACUCGACAGUUCGUGAAAGUAUAUGCAAACAAGGAAAGAAGGGUUUUCGGUUUGUCGGGACGGUUGACCGUGUUCCGCUGCACCUCGAACAGAACAAACCCAAGUUGCCGUGGGAUAAACAGCAGUGAGCUACAUCAACUGAAUGCGAUUGCGGGUAAAGUAACGUUACCCCGAUCGCUACAGUUGAGGAAGGGUGUUUUGGGAAAGAAAGUGGAAGCAAAGGGGCCCGCGGGUGGAGCAACGGUGGAAAGUUUAGCGUUAGCCUGUUCCCCCCUCGUUUUUCCAUUCCGAACCAAAGGAACGGCUCAGAGGGAGACGACUUUUCCUUCCACAAACGCUACUGACUUGAGAUCCAUCAAGCUCGAUAACUAACGUUAACUAACUUGCAACACUCAAAAUGAAAACCCCCGGAGAUUCGGGGUUUGCCUUUCCAGACUGGGCCUACAAACCCGAGUCGAGCCCCGGCUCGCGACAGAUCCAGCUGUGGCACUUCAUCCUGGAGCUGCUGAGGAAGGAGGAGUACCAUGAUGUCAUCGCCUGGCAGGGGGACUAUGGAGAGUUUGUCAUCAAGGACCCUGACGAGGUGGCCCGGUUAUGGGGGGCCCGCAAGUGCAAACCCCAGAUGAACUACGACAAGCUGAGCAGGGCACUCCGGUAUUACUACAACAAGAGAAUCCUCCACAAGACCAAAGGGAAGAGGUUCACCUACAAGUUCAACUUCAACAAACUGGUCCUGGUCAACUACCCUUUCAUAGACAUGGGCUCCACAGGUAGUGGUGUUCCUCAGAGUGCUCCACCUUUGCCUUCCGCAGCCGGAACUCAUUUCCGCUUCCCACCCUCCACGCCGUCCGACAUGCUUUCGCCCAAUGAGGACCUGCGUAGCCCCGGGGGCGUGUUCAGCGCCGUGGCUCGGCGCAUGGCGCGCGGCUCGGUCAGCGACUGCAGCGAUGGGACCUCCGUCAACUCUGAAAUCGAGGACGGCAACGGGGGAGGAGGGGAGGAGAGGGGGGGAGAGAGAGGGCUGAGUGGAGGAGGAGGGCCAGGGGGAGGAGGAGGAGGAGUCCCAGGGGGAGGAGGAGGAGGGCCAGGGGGAGGAGGGUACAGGAGUAUGAUCCACCCCCGUUUGUCCCAUGAGUCUCUGUUCAGGAUGUAUGGUGGAGCAGGGAACCCCAACGCCCAUCCAGGCUCCCGCGGCCCCCUGGGACACAGGGUCCACCCCGAUAACCUGUCCCCCUUCCCCGUGUCCCCCCUGCCCGGCCCUGGGGGUGCAGGGCUCUUAGCCCCACCUCUGUCCCCAGCCCUGCCCUUGACGCCCUCCUCCCACCUGCCCUACACUCCGUCCCCCUCCCUCUCCCCCAUGCUGGGCUCCCACUUCUCCUUCAACCCUGAGGAAAUGAAGCGCUACCUGCAGGCCCACCACCAGAGUGUCUACAACUACCACCUCAGCCCCAGAGCCUUCCUCCACUACCCCAACGUCAUCAUUCCUCAGCCACACCGCCUCGCCCAAGACAAGAGAGAACUGGGCGAGAGGGGGGGAGCAGAGAGAGGAGGAGAGAGAGGAGGAGAGAGGGGGGGAGAACGCUCGGGUCUGAAUAGUCAUCGACACCCAUCACCCCUGUCCCAAUCACACUCUCCUCACCCUCACUCAGCCCACCCUCACCCACACUCAGCCCACCCUCACUCGGCCCAUUCCCACCACCACCCUAUCCACCACCCACUGCACCUGGGUGAGGAGCCGCCUCACCUCUCGCCCUUCAAGUUCAAGCUGCAGCCUCCUCCAUUGGGCCGGAAGCAGAGGGACGGUAGCCAGGGCCACCACCCCAGGCAGAGCUCACUGUCCUCGGGCUCAGGGUCCCUGUCGUCCUCCGGUCUGGGGUCCUCCCUGUCCUUCGGCAGUGACCUGAGCUCAGCCGGCGGGUCAGGACUCAUCUCCAACUCCUCCUCCACCGGCUCCCUCAACAGCACUGGACUGCCCAAGAUCAAGGUGGAGCCCAUCUCAGACAUUGAGUCAGAAGAGGAGGUGGAGGUGACUGACAUCAGCGAUGAAGACCCCGACGACCGGGGCUACGAGUACGACCUCUUCUCCCCCCGACACCCCCGGCCUCACCCCCACCACCCCAACGGGACGUCCUCCCACCCCCACGACGAGGACCUGGAUGAGGAUGUCUUCAAGGCCCCCGCGCCCCCUCCUCCAGGCCUGCUGCCCUUCUUCACCUCCCACCACCACCGCGGACCUCCCACCCUGAAGAGUGAGCCGGCUGAGUCAGGCGACACCCCCCCUCCCCAGUCCCCCGCCCAGGGGCAGACCAAGUGCAUUCCCCUCAAGCUGCGCUUCAAACGGCGCUGGAGCGAAGACCAACGAAUGGAAGCCAUGGAAGAGCAGGACGACAAGAAAGUACGAGGGGAGAAGGAGAGGGAAAGAGAGACGGAGAGGAAUGGAGGGAUGCAGGAGAACGGGGCUGGCAGCGCCCCCAGUCCCCCAGCCCUGGGGGGGUAUGAGUGUUCCCUCCUGUCGGCUCAGAGGGGGGUGAAUCAGGACCUGCACCAGGCCACCGCCCAACUGUCACUGGAGAACAAGGACUGCUGAUGCUGAUCCACACACACAUAGGGAUACAUACAAACACUAAUGCUAGCAGACAGUGGUUGUUUAGGACAGUGUAAAUGACUCCUGUAGUCCUCCUGCCUCUCUGGCAGACAGUUCUCUCCUAACUCAAACCAAACCUGGGCCUAAUCAAACUCCAAACCCUGAUGCAGUCCACACCCUCCUCCCAAAGCCCUUACCUCCUACUGUAACGAGACCUCUCCCUUAGAGACUGUUGAAGAAAAGAGGGGAGAGGGGACUUUUGGUCCAAGCAAGCCCAGACUCCGUGACUUAAACCAGGGGAAGAACCAGGGGGGGUGCUACUCUCUGCUUGUGUCUGGAUGGAACCCCCAAGCCAGUUUCCUGUCCAGCCCACCGUCAGCCUCAUAUCCAGCCUCCAGCCCACCGUCAGCCUCAUAUCCAGCCUCCAGCCCACCGUCAGCCUCAUAUCCAGCCUCCAGCCCACCGUCAGCCUCAUAUCCAGCCUCCAGCCCACCGUCAGCCUCAUAUCCAGCCCAGCACUGCCCCACAUCUCUUGCCCCACAUUUCGUGCCCCAGAUCCCUUGCCUCAGCUCUCUUGCCUCACCUCCUGCUUUCUGCCCCCCCUCUAGGGUUAGACUCUUUCUCCUCAGGGGCCCCCAACUCAGACAGCCCAGCUCCACAGCCCUGCAGACAUGGAGGAUGAGAUUUCUCCCAUUUUAUUUUUGUAUAGAGAUGAAGACGGGGCUUCUACAAGUGCCUGUACCUGUAUCAGAGUAAGAGAGAGAGAGAGAGAAGACAGAGAGGAGGAAAGCAUGGGUGUAAGAGUAUGACCCUAAAGAAGGCACAGCGAUGCUGAAAUGUUGGUGAUUUACCCAAUAAAUGACCGGGAGUUUAUACAUAGUGUGCUACUCUCUCUAUUAUUUGUGUAAUAGUAUCCCCCCUGUUCUUACCCACAACAGACACACAGGAAAGUUGGGCUGCCGAUUGGGGGCUGUGGGACCUAGUCGUGGUGAACUGGCAAAGACUCCUCCUCGAAACACUGGCCACUCCACUCAGGGAUGCCACAGACACACACACACCAGCUGCUGGUGAAAAGGGCAGUGAACAGGACUUUGGGACAUGGAAGCUUUGCUCUUGGACUGCUACUUAAGGGUACUGCUUUUCAACACACACUUUAUUUCUCUCUAACACUUCUGUCAUCACUUUUGUACUUUCCUGUCUUUCUGUAAUCUUUUCUCUCUCUCUCCACCUUCCUUCCCUUGCUUUUGUGGACCAUGCCUGAACGAUCAUGAUCUAAAUGAGAGAAGGGAGAGGGUGGAGGAUAAACGGAGGGGGGAGGGAGCAGUGGCUCGGUUGUUAGAUGACAGAGAGGAACAGCGAGGGGACCAUUGGGAGGGGGAGAGAGCUCUCCUAUGGAAAAGGAGAGUGAGGGGUCCAGUAUCUUUUAACUGUUAGCUUAGCCUAGCUUAUCCUAGCUUAGCCUUGUCUAUCCCAUGGCUGGGCAGAAGCAAGGGCCACCUGCACAGAAUCCUAGUUCACCAGCUCCACCCAAACCCCUUACUCCUGUUCUAUCAACCCUAGUCUCAUGGUGUUAACUAAACCAGCAGAAACCACCCACAACACCAUAUAUGCAAGCACACCUGUAGACACACACACAUACAUACAUAUAUAUAUAUAUACAUACACCCACAUAUAUAUAUAUAUACAGUGCCUGUCUAUGCCUUGUUUCAUAGCAUGUAUGAACUCUUUACAAGAGUCUUAAUAAAAAAAUAAAUAAAACGAAAAGCCCAACUGAGAUAUACACACUCGUAGAAACUAUAUAUUUAUACACUGAACAAAAAUAUAAAUGCAACAUGUAAAGUGUUGGUCCCAUGUCCCAAAUAAAAGAUCCCAGACAUUUUCCAUACAAAAAAGAAGAAGCUUAUUUCUCUCAAAUUUUGUGCACAAAUUUGUUAACAUCCCUGUUAGUGAGCAUUUCUCCUUUGCCAAGAUAAUCCAUCCACCUGACAGAUGUGGCAUAUCAAGAAGCUGAUUAAACGGCAUGAUCAUUACACAGGUGCACCUUGUGCUGGGGACACUAAAAGGCCACUCUAAAAUGUGCAGGUUUGUCACACAAUGCCACAGGUGUCUCAAGUUUUGAGAGAGUGUGCAAUUGGCAUGCUGACUGCACGAAUGUCCACCAGAGGUGUUACCAGAGAAUUAAUGUUAAUUUCUCUACCAUAAGCCACCGUCAACGUUGUUUUAGAGAUUUUGGCUGUACGGCCAACCGCACUCACAACCGCAGACCAUGUGUAUGGCGUCGUGUGGACGAGAAGUUUGCUGAUGUCGACGUUGUGAACAGAGGUGCCCCAUGGUAGGGUUAUGGUAUGGGCAGGCAUAAGCUAUGGACAAGGAACACAAUUACAUUUUAUUGAUGGCAAUUUGAAUGCAGAGAGAUACCGUGACGAGAUCCUGAGGCCCAUUGUCGUGCCAUUCAUCCCCUGCCAUCCCCUCAUGUUUCAGAAUAAUGCACUGCUUUAUGUCGCAAGGAUCUGUACACAGUUCCUGGAAGCUGAAAAUGUCCCCGUUCUUCCAUGGCCUGCAUACUGACCAGACGUCAUGCAUUGAGCAUGUUUGGGAUGCUCUGGAUCGACGUCUUCGACAGUGUGUUCCAGUUCCCGCCAGUAUCCAGAAACUUUGCACAGCCAUUAAAGAGGAGUGGAACAACAUUCCAAAGGCCACAAUGGACAGCCUGAUCAACUCUAUGCUACCUUUUUUUUAAGGUAUUUGUGACAAAUAGAUGUUUAUCUGUAUUCCCAGUCAUGUGAAAUCCAUAGAUCAGGACCAAAUGUAUUUCAAUUGACUGAUUUCCUUCUAUGAACUGUAACCCAGUAAAAUCUUUGAAAUCGUUGCAUGUUGCGUUUAUAUUUUUGCUCAGUAUAUAUUAUAUAUGUAAUUCUAAACUGAUAUAAAAAACUAAAACAACAUAGCAUUUAAUGAAAUGACAUAUUCAGGAUGUUUUUGUAAGUGAUUCGUUCUGGUAGGCGAGGGGAGAGAAUAUCCUGUUUCUCAGCGGGUAAACUUCCUAAGGGGAGGGAGACAACAGGAUGGGUAGGAGUCCAAAUGUUUUGUUAUGACCAAGGGACAACAAACGACACAGGAUAGACAGACAAAAUGAUGAAAAUAAUGAGAAUCAUGAAAGAACUGCAUUGUAGUACACUGAAUAUGCAACAGUUGUCCUUUAAACAUGCCUAUUCUAUCUGCCAUCACGGUCCGCUACUCCCCCUCAGCUUGUAGAAGACCUGACCACCGUCACCUGUCCCCAGUCUCCCUCUGGGCUGGUCUCACCUUACGGGGACCUCACCUCACUGUAAUAGACCUCACAACUCACCCCUGGCCCCAGUCUGGUCUGGUCUGGUCUGGGCUGGUCUCACCUUGAUAGUGCACCUCUAUGGGGACCUCACCUCACUGUAAUAGACCUCACAACUCACCCCUGGCCCCAGUCUGGUCUGGUCUGGGCUGGUCUCACCUUGAUAGUGCACCUCUAUGGGGACCUCACCUCACUGUAAUAGACCUCACAACUCACCCCUGGCCCCAGUCUGGUCUGGUCUGGUCUGGGCUGGUCUCACCUUGAUAGUGCACCUCUAUGGGGACCUCACCUCACUGUAAUAGACCUCACAACUCACCCCUGGCCCCAGUCUGGUCUGGUCUGGUCUGGGCUGGUCUCACCUUGAUAGUGCACCUCUAUGGGGACCUCACCUCACUGUAAUAGACCUCACAACUCACCCCUGGCCCCAGUGGGAGUGAAUGAGCUCAGGGUUAGCCAGGCCUGGGGAUUUUAGUUGAUGGGAUAUCCUGUCGUUUCUCAGCUCCACCCUGUUAGGCCAGUUCUCUAAAGCGGCCAGGUUACUAAUCGUGACUGGAUUAGCUUUAUUCCAAGCAGGUUGGUGGGGGUGGAGGCUGAGAGGUCAAGGAUUCCUGUACAGAUAACAGUGGAGGCUGGAGAGCUGAUGUGAGACUUCACCUGGAAUACCCUGCCCACUAUCUCAAACACACACAGACUCACAUUUCCAAACCCCUCUCACACACUCUGUCCUCACUGUUUUGCUGCUUUGAUGUUUUGACAUCCUGGAGCGUUAGAGGUCUGGAGACUGGGCCAAACAGCCAGUAAGAACUCGAGCAGGGGCCUCUGGGAUGGCAGGCCUCCAGACUGGCAAGUGUGUGGCUGAGCAAGUCACAAUCAUCGGACUGCUGUUAUUGUCCAUCCUGGUGGUGUUGUAUAUGUGACCACACACACUCUGUCCCCCUCCUUCACCUCCACCUCACCCUGUGUCUAUUGAAACUGACAGCUGCCUUAUAAACUACUCAUCAUAUCUAAGCAACGAACUGGGCAUUAUUCUGCUUGCUCUCUUUUCCGUUUAACUCUCUUCAUCUCUCUUUCUCUCUAUUGCCAGCAUUGUCUGUCUACCUGACUGUUAACUGCAGUGUGAUCUUUUAUCAGGAUGGUGUGGGAUGCGAAUACCCAGGUCUCAUGUCUGAGUCGGCAGUCAGGAGAGGUUUAGAGAAAGUGUAGAAGGAUAACAUUUCUUUAGCAAAGUUUAAAAAUACCCUCAACGUUCUUUUCCUUUCUGAUGUCAAUAUUGCUGUUUAUUAUUGUUAUGGUUGGAUUACUUACCUCCCAUCUUUCUCAUUAUUAGUCCAUGGUUGAGUUCCUACUCCUUUAGGGUUGUUGUGAACUGUACAUCACACUGUCAUAGUGACGUAGACCUCUCUUCCAUGCUUCUGUUAUGACCCUACCAGCUCCCGCCUCCUCCUCAGUCUUUCAUGUGGUUUUAACAUAAUAUAAACUAAAAGUGUAAUAUUAAUUCUGAGAGGGGUUGUUAUGGCGACAGAGAAGAGGUUGGCAGGGGGAGGAUUUUAUUGGGGAGGGUGGGUGGAGGGGGAUACGUAUGAUUUGGUCAUGUAUUGUCAUUUCUAUUUUACAAUGUUACUUUCUCUCUUGGUCUUGUAUAUUUUUUAUUUUGGGGAUUGUUUCAUCUAAAAGAAAAAAAGGUUUGUAUUGUUUUACUGUGUAAAGGUCUCUCUCCCCCCCCCCCCCUCUAUGCGGUUAUAUAACACUCAGAGAGAUGAGAUUUAAUACCAUGAUGUAAUAUUGAAUUUCUCUUUAAUUAUUUUGUGUUUAUUUUUCAAACUUGUAAUUAAGCUGUAAUCAGGGUUAAUUAAAACUGGUUAAAAACCAA